CCAAGUCCCUCCUGCUUCCUCCUCGCUGUCGUUGCAUUUUUCACUUCGGCAUUUCAUCACAAGAAUCUUUCCUUUGAGUUGAGCUGCUGGUCAACUUCUCUCUCUGAAGUCUGAACAGAUCGCCUUUCCAUUCUGAAACUCUGUUGGUCUUGCCUAAACUGUCAACAUUUGCCAGUUCAAUCUUGCACGACAAACCUGAUACAGAGGGAGCUCUGUUUCUCCUCUCAAAGAGUACCCAGAUGUCAUUAAAGGGAGGUGAUGGAGACUAUACGUCUAACUUGACAUCGUAAAUGAUCUUCAAAUUGGGAAAUGCCCUUUGGAGACGAUUGAAAUGGAGUUUGAAGGGAUGUACCGACAGCCUCAGAGGCCAAAAUAUGACUCUCUCUUGUUCGAUCUUGACGACACCCUCUAUCCUGUAAGCUCUGGCCUUGCCACAUCAUGCCGCAAGAACAUCGGAGAUUAUAUGGUCGAAAAGCUCGGCAUAGAUGAGGACAAGAUUGAUACCUUGUGCAACCUUCUGUACAAGAAUUAUGGCACAACAAUGGCUGGUCUUAGGGCAAUCGGCUAUGACUUCGAUUAUGAUGACUACCACAGUUUUGUCCAUGGGAGACUGCCCUACGACAACCUAAAACCGGACCCGGUCCUAAGGAGUCUGUUGCUCAGCUUGCCUUACCGUAAAAUUAUAUUCACAAAUGCGGAUCAGAUUCAUGCAGUGAAAGCACUAAGCAGGCUCGGACUCGAAGACUGUUUCGAAGGGAUUAUUUGCUUCGAGACACUGAAUCCUGUUCACAAGAACGCUGCAUCUGACGAUGAAGAUGACAUUGAGUUUGUGGGAUUGCAGAACACAACCAGAAGCAGUGAUUCCAGGUCUGAGAUUUUUGACAUAAUUGGGCAUUUCUCCAGACACGGUGAUGGGUCGGGAUUACCAAAAACCCCUGUCGUUUGCAAACCAUCAGAAGACGCCAUUGAGCAGGCUCUCAGAGUCGCUAACAUCAAUCCCCAGAGAACGAUUUUCUUUGAGGAUAGUGUUAGGAACAUACAGGCUGGGAAGCAUGUCGGCCUUCAAACUGUGAUGGUUGGCACUUCUAACAGGCCAAAAGGUGCAGAUUAUGCACUUGAGAACAUCCACAACUUGAGAGAGGCAAUCCCAGAGCUUUGGGAAUUCGAAGUGAAGUCUGAAGUGGGUUACUCCGACAAGGUUGCUGUGGAAACCACUGUGACAGCUUAGAUUCAUUUCUUAUGUUGUCACUCCUCUUCCUCUCCAUUGUAACUCACAAAAUGUGAAAUGGUGAGAUGGAGAUGCAUUUCACCCUUUGUGUUCACCAUUUCAUUGCUUAGUCACUGUAGAUGUCUUCUUUUGCGGUGAUAAUAAAAUCUCAAUACUACAAAGGUUCCGCUUUCGCA